AUGAAAACUACACCGGUUUCCGCUCUACAAGUGGAGAUGGGUGAGAUGCCACUGGAGCUCAGGAGAGAACAACUAGCCUUAAAUUACUGGCUAAAAGUGUUUUAUACCUUUCGUUUCCAUGCAGGACUUGACGUGCACUUCAUCCAUGUGCGCCCAUCACAGAGGGGGGACCAGAGGGUUGUGCCUCUUAUGCUUGUUCAUGGCUGGCCCGGAUCUUUCUAUGAAUUCUACAAGAUUCUUCCACUUCUCACACAGAAAGAUGAGAGAGUUACAUUUGAGGUUGUAAUCCCCUCCAUUCCUGGCCAUGGCUUCUCAGAAGCCCCUCAUAAGAAAGGAUUUAACACCCUGGCUGCUGCUCGGAUUUUCCUCACUCUCAUGGAUCGUCUGGGCUUCUCCCAGUUCUACCUGCAAGGAGGAGACUGGGGCUCGCUCAUCACCACGAACAUGGCUCAGAUGAGGCCUGACUGUGUGAGAGGUCUUCACCUAAACAACUGCAUGACGACAAAGGGACUGAGGACAGGGAUAUUUGUGCCCACUGGACUUGCUGCUUUCCCCCAGGAGCUCAUGCACUGCCCCAAAUCCUGGGCACAGAUUAGAUACCGGAACAUCGUCUCUUACACCUUCAUGCCCCAAGGCGGCCACUUCCCUGCAUUUGAAGAGCCCCAGCUGCUGGCCAAGGACAUCAUCCAGUUUGCCAAAAAAGUAGAAAAGCUCUAAACUGCAGAAGGAAUUCUGACUCCAAAAGUUAUUGCAUGUUUUUCUUUUAUUAUAAAUGACAUGAUCACACUGCACCAGUUC